UUGCUGUGCGCGUGUUUUGCUUUUUAACAGCGUCUCACAAGUGUUUCCUACAAAAUGUCAGCAAAUGCAACGAUAGAGCUAGCGCUGGAUCGCGUAGAUUGGACAGCGCUGGCCGAGAAUCAGGAGGAGUUGCCGCGCAUAUACACACCCGGUGAGGUGCUCAUGCCGGAGUCGGGUUUUAUGCGUGGACACGGCACCUUUGUAGAAGACGACAACAUAAAGGCUUCUGUAGCGGGCGUUAUUGAGAAAGUAAACAAACUAAUAUCGGUGCGUCCCCUAAAGUCUCGCUAUGUGGGCGAAAUAGGUGAUGUGGUGGUGGCACGCGUGCUUGAGGUGGGACAGAAACGUUGGCGCGUGGAUACGAAUUCACGUUUGAAUUCGGUGCUGUUGCUUUCGUCGGUGAAUCUGCCUGGCGGUGAGCUUAGAAGACGUUCCGCAGAGGAUGAGCAAAUGAUGAGGCGUUAUUUGGAUGAGGGAGAUUUGAUAUCCGCUGAAGUGCAGAAUGUCUUCGAGGAGGGCACAUUAUCGCUGUAUACGCGCAGUUUGAAGUAUGGCAAACUAUCACAGGGCAUACUUGUGAAGGUUUUUCCCGCAUUGGUCAAACGGCGCAAGAUGCAUUUCCAUAAUCUGCCCUGCGGUGCGUCUGUUAUACUGGGCAACAAUGGUUAUAUAUGGAUAUCGCCCACUAAAAGCGAAGAGCAGGAUGGCGGCGAGGGUGGCUUUGCACAAAAUCUAAGCGAAGUAGUGCCCCGAAAUGACCGCGAAAUUAUUUCACGUCUACGGAACUGCAUCCUGGCGCUGGCCAAAUGUAAACUCAUGCUUUACGACACGAGCAUACAAUACGCCUAUGAGGAGUCGCUUAAGUACGAGCCACAAGAUCUACUGCAGCAACAUAUCAUCUAUAGUAUUGGUGAACAAACACAGGCGCGGCUCAGAGAUGUGGAUCUCAACGAAUAACAUUGUACAAAUAAAAAA